CUCUUUCUUCUUUAAUCCAGUGUCUGAGGAGUUUUGUCUGCGGCUUGUCCCACUACAAUUUCACUUAACAUAAUGUGCCCCAUUAAGCUCCUGUGAAUCCCAGUUUCUAACCUGCAAUUGCUCUAAGUGUUUUUGUUGCCUUUUCAUGGUUUCUACUAAGAAUUCCAGAGCUCAGCUGCAAUGUUUUCACUGCCUUGGAAGUUAUUCAUUGUUUUUCUUUAUAUCUUAUCCACAGACACACAAAUAAAUUGUCUGGUGCAAGUGCAGCGGCUAUAUGCCCUUCCUGUGAAGGCAGGCCGGUUUGACAUCGAUUAAGCAAAUCCAUCUCAGCAUUCGUAACAGCCUUUAUAUUGUUUGAUAUCAAGCUCAGUAAUUUAAAAAAUAUGCCUCUGUCUUUGUAAGACUACCUAUGGGUUGGAGACGACUUAUGUAGUAUUCAACCGAGCAGAUAAUGUAUAUAAAAAUUAUUUCAUAUGAUUUAAUGAUCUUGAAUUGAUUUAACUGUUUCUAUGUCAUAUUUGGAAAAAGCAGGGCAAUUAUAAAAUUUAAUAAUGGCAUCUCCAUAAAAAGCAAUAAUUCAUAUGCUACUUUAAAAAUCUUUCUCCAGCAGUUAGGUGGGCAGAAAACCCAAAGUUAGUAACUUUGAACAGUUCCAUCACUACUUUUUUUUAAAGUUAACUGAAGCAGCCUUGGGCAGGUCUUUCAGGAGGUUUCCAGAAGAAGGCAUUAUUAUCAAGGAGAUGACAGCUCAAUGCCUGUUACUGCCCCUGAAGGCCUUCCAGUGGGACAAGAUGUGGCGGUAGAGGACAGUGAAAUCGAUGAUCCUGACCCUGCUUAGGUUUAGGCGAAAAUGUAUGUUUGUGUCUUGGUUUUUAACCAAAAAGGUUUUGAAAAUAAAAUAAAUAAAUAAUGAAAAAAGCUCACAGAAUAAGGUUAAAAGGAAAGAAAAUAUUUUGUAUAGCUACAUAAUUUGUGCGGUUUUUCGUUGAUUUGUUUGAGACAGGGUCUCACUCUGUCACCCAGACUGGAGGGCAGUGGCACAAUCAAGGCUCACUGUGGUCUCCACCUCUUGAGCUCCAGAGAUCCUCCCACCUCACUCAGGAGGACGCCAGUCCUGCAGGCAGACAUCAGGCCCCAGGUGGACCCUCCAUUGGUAUACACCAGGCCCCAAGUUGACAACCAGGCUCCAGAUGGACACCAAGGCCCUAGGUGGACAGCAGGCCCAUGUUGAACACCAGACUCAUGUGGACAUCAGGCCGCAGGUAGACACCAUGCCUUAGGUAGACAUGUAGGCUCCAGGCGGACAUUAGACCCAAGGUACACACCCAGUCCCCAGGAGAACAUCAGGCUCAGGUGAAAACUCAGGUCUUGGGUGCACAUCUGGCCUUAAGUGGACACCCAGGUCCCAGGUUGAUACCCAAGUCCCAGGUGUUCACCAGACCCCAGGUGGACACAAAGCCUUAGGUGAAUAACAAGACCCACUAGGCCAUCAGGCCCCAGCUGGAUACAGUCCCCGGGUGAACACAAGGCCCCAAGAGGAACAUAGGCCCAAGGCAGACAUCAGGCCCUCUGUGGACAUCAGGCCUGAGGAGGACAUCCGGCCCCCGGUGAACAUCAGGCACAGGUGUCCAAGCAGGCCCUGGGUGGACAUAAUGGUGUCUAGGUAAGGAGGUGUCCUGGGGGGAGGGUGAGCAGUCAGCAGCCCAGUGGAGUCCUGAGGAGGUCUUAUGGAAGAAAGGGGCUGAGGGGACAGAACCUUAAAGAAGCGACCUCACUUCCUUAAUGACAGACCUGAACAGAACUUAGAACUCUGGUAACCAGGCGCCCAGAUCCUAGAGUCAGCACCGUAACCAGCUCACUUGGUGGGAGACGCUCGAGACAGCAAGAUGUUCUCGUGUUGCUUCCCCACUUCGAGAGGCUGCUGCUUCAGGAAUGGAGGGAGUGAGAGCCUUUUCCGGCGAUGCCGAAGAAGGCUCAUCCCUCACCCCAGACGCCUGUGGCCCUUUGUAAGAAGGUGCACCCGGGUACCACAGGGCAGCCCGGGGCAGGCCCUAGCAGGCCAGGCCACACCAGAGAUCCCAUCAGGGCUGCAUCUGCACAUUGUCCCUGUCCAGGAGGAGAUUCGGGAGCCCAUGGAGGCACAGGCACAUGCUCCUGCUCAAUAUGCAGAAAUAGAAGCAUUUCCAGCACCAGCUGUUGAGCCAGAACCAGCAUGGGAAGAGUCCCCUCCAGAGACAGCGCUGGAGGUGAACGGAGCUCCAGCCAAGCACCAGCCCAGAGAGGAGCUGCCUGAAAUCACGGCACCUACUAUAGCCACUGGCCUUAGCCUUGCAGCUGAAAGGGUGGCUGGAGAGACAGGUGGCAGGGAGGGGGUGACCAGCACGGCCCCAGCCAGCAGCUCCCAUGCUGCCCCUAGUCCUGGGCAUGGUGGCAAACAUGGAGGCGGAGACCAGGGUUUUGAGCCUGGGUUCCUCUACCUUGCUGGAGAGAGGCUUGUGUCAUUCACUAGAGCUGCAGUCCUGCUGCUGCAGGGCCUGUUUAUUCUACUGCUGCUGGUGGGGUCUAUCUGUGUGCAGGAGGUGCUUGAGGGCAUUAAAAGAAGGUUCAGAAGAGGAGUUCCAGCAGCUCCUCCUGCACCCAGAGGCGGCCUCCUCCUCCAGGCAUGGAUGUCUGUCUGCAGCUGGGCAUCCGGGCUGUUUGCCCCUGUCAUGCUGCCCAGGACAGGCUCUUAACAGGUGGGCAGAGGGUGAGGGGACCAGGAGGCAGCUCCAAAGGGUACAGCAAGCAAAGUUUUUAAAGACAGCACUUGUGCCCCAGGCUCUCUGUGCCACCACCUGCCCUAGCAUUUAUUAAUAGUGUUAGAAUUGCAAGUUGAUGAAACAAUAUUUCAAUAAAGUUUGAUUUCCGGAACUUAA